AGCUGAAUCAGAUCGGAACAUCUGGCUUAACUAGCAACCCUUAAAAACGACGAUGAAGCUCGUCUGGUUGUUCUUCCUGUGGAGCCUGUGCACCAUCGACGGAGCACAGCCUGCCGUCACCGAGCCGCCGUUUCUCACGAACGCACAACCCACAGAAGCCAGGUCGCGCUUCGCCAUGCUGGACGACGUACGGCUGCUGGCUAACGGUCUCCUGCAGCUCGGACAAAGCCUGCGCGAGUUCGUCCACAAGACCAAGGCGCAGAUCAACGACAUCUUCCAGAAGCUGAACAUCUUCGACCGGUCGUUCUACCAGCUCUCGGUGGUGACCAACGAGAUCAAGGAGGAGGAGGAGGAGCUGAAGAAGACCACCAGCUUUCUGAAGGUGAACAACGAGGAGAUCAAGAACCUGUCGCUGGAGAUCAACUCCAAGGUCAACAGCAUCCUGCAGGAGCGCAGCCAGCUCCAGAGCAAGGUGGGGAACCUGGAGGAGAAGCUGCAGGGGCUGAGUAAAAGCAUGGUGCCUGUGGAGCAAAUCCAGGAGAUCGACGCGCUCAAGGAUAUGAUCGACACCCAAGACAAGACGAUCAAAGAGCUUCUCAGGUCGGUGAGGGAGCAACACGAGCAGCUCAACUUUCAGAAAAUCAAAAUCAAGAGCCUGGAGGACAAGCUCAAUUACGACUCGGUCCAAGAGACGGCUGAAAAAAUGACGGAUUCCAGUUUGGAGGAGCCGAACGUUUUGGAAUAUCAGACGACCAACUCGACCGAUUCAUCCACGUACACAAACGAUCUUCCCACGGACUGCAACGACGUGUUCAACAGAGGCCAGAGGAGCAGUGGAGUUUACCUGAUCAAACCCAACCAAUCAGAGCCGUUCAACACCUACUGUGAGAUCAGCUCAGAUGGAGGAGCCACGGUUAUUCAAAGGCGAGUGGACGGGUCGGUGGAUUUUGACCAAACCUGGGACAAAUAUGAGCUCGGAUUUGGAAAUCUAGAAAAUGAGUUUUGGCUGGGCUUGGCGAAGAUCUACUCCAUCGCCAGGCAGGGCAACUACACCCUCAACAUCGAGCUGGAGGACUGGAAGGAGGAGAAACGGUUCAUGGAAUACGCGUUCGCUCUGGACGGUCCUGCGUCCCACUAUGCCAUCCAGUUGACCUAUCUGUCAGGGAAUCUGCCCGACGGCAUGGCCAACCACACGGGCAUGAUGUUCUCCACCAAGGACAAAGACAACGACAGCCUGGAGGAUUCCAGCUGCACCCUCAACAACACGGGUGGCUGGUGGUAUAACGCGUGCGGCGGCUUCAACCUGAACGGCCGCUACACCUGGAUGAGGUCCAGGAAUCGCACCGCGCGCAAAAAAGGGAUCUACUGGAGACCGAGCAAGGGGAGCACGUACACCCUGAAAUUCACCAAGAUGUCCGUCAGACCGUCGUCGUUCCACUGAACGGUCGACCCCAUCGAUCAGAAGGGUUAAACAAAUUUACUCAUCCUCAUCGAGUCGGUCCAAAGGCUGCGAAUCGUCGCCGAAGCGUGGCGCAACUGUAUCGGGUCAUCGACCUCUGACCGAGACUUGCAAAUAUAUCCGAGAUGUUGCAUGUGCAGUUCUGGUCCGACCUUACACGGUUCGAAAACUGGUCAGAGAAUGUAGAUAGAGCUAAAUGCAUUAUGGGGAAUAGUACACUUUUGCAUGCUGACACCUAGAUCUGUUGCGAUCACGAUGCAUACACUGUUCAAUAGUUUACUGUGAGUCAAAAAAAACAUCUGUACCUUCGCCCUUAGUUCGAUUUUUGGCAUCACUGCACUUUUCUAACCUGCCCUGGAAGAGCGAGAUGCUCCAAAGGCAGCGUGACGACCCUUUCUGGAGGCGCCGUGCCCCCAGCUUGCUCUGGUUUCCUCUUUUUCCGAGAACCGGGCUGUCUUAGGCGCUCCGGGUAGCUCCUCAUAUUGUCAUGACCAGUUUAUAUUGCUGUGCUGCCCUUCUACCCACCUUCUCCUUUGCUCUUCUUGUCCUUUUAGCCACAAUAAUGUCCCAUUUUGGUUACGCAUCCAGCAUAUUGGGUUCUUUUUUAAUUCUUGUAGGCACGAUCUGCCCCGUUACAAACACCUUUUGGAGGGAGUUUCAGUGGCUCAUGUUGGCGCCGCACCUUAACUUAUAGUUUAAAAUGUAAUGUUAAAUUGCUCAACGAUAGGCAUUAAGGAGCAAGCUUGGACUCUUACUACCCAGAUCAACCCAGAUAUGGGUCCAGAUACCUUCACCCAUAACUCAAAUGUUGAUUUUUUAAAAUUAUUCCACCAUCGCAGGACCAGAUCACGAUAAAUAAUCCAGACUGAUGAAUUAUUGUCCCUAGAAAUACGACACCAGGUUGGGCAGCAGUUUCUGAACUUGCAGCCACCUAUAUUCCACCAGCGCCGAGAUUCUGAACUCCUCGGUUCAAAACUAUAAGUGGCAGUGCACCUGCGGGCAUGAUUGGCAGUGCCAGGAGCAGAUACUAAUUGGCCACCGCGUCUGCUAGGGCGGGAAGACCGGACUAUGUGUGGGUAGGAUCUUUAUACGCUGUGUAAGGACCCUGAUUGGCGGAAGAGACGCCUGCGCCAUGAAGAGAACUGUUCUCACUGGCAAAAAAUAUCGUUCUCUGUCGCCACUGAGCAGAAACAGAACUGUCGCCAUUGUAAUCAAUAUUUUAAAUAAGUAAUGUGCUGCUGUUGUGUCUAAUACUAUAACUAUUGUACAAAUUGACAUGAAUUUAACAUUUGCCAAUAUUAUGGAGGGGGGGGAGAUAGAGAGGUACAGAGUUUUUUGUGACUCACAGUGAACUGCACGAGCAUCCACACAAUUAAUCUACUACAGUAUCACGAUCAUAUUCUGUUCAACAGGAUUCUCAUAUAAACACACACAUGCAUAUAUUUUUACUUAAUGUCAUAUUUAAGCCGUGUUCAUGUUUUGUGCUACGUUACUAGAGACACGUUCUGUCAUUUCGUUCACCUUUUAUGUUACUGAGUCAUAUUGACUCACGUCUACACUGCGCACAGCUGUACAGUCGCUGUUCUUGUUUACACAUUUGUCCUGAGAGACGUUCGGGUGCAUGAUUUUUCUAACGGAAUAAACGCUUAACGAUUA